GUUAUCAUGGCAGUGUGCAGGACGGGGAGUCAGAUUACAAGAGAUGCUCCCGUCCUAUUUUGUACCGUUUUUAGUGUGUAGAUUAGUCGUAUAAUUAAUUGGGGCUUAGGUUUAAGAAAUGUUUUUAAAUCUGAUGCUGCAGUUUCAACCGCUGCUUGGAGCGAUCGAGGGUAAAGAACUUCAAACGAUACAGCCCCACCGUCUGAUUUCCCCUCUCGCGGGGGGACCGUCGUCGCUUUGACCGUGCCAAGCCCCGGCACGGCCCGUGUCCGUCAUCGCUUCUAAACACUCGAUUGUUCAUCAUGGAUUUCAUUUAUUAACAGUUUUAGGUGAAUAGUCAUUUUGACUAGCUAGUUAACUUCAUAAAAUUUUGCUAGGGACACAACGGUUUUACUGAAAACGGAUCCGAUCAAGUGCAGAGCCUGCAGCCUAACGCCGUUUCCCAAACUGUCGCUGACCGGCUUCCCCGUGUUUGGACUGAUCAAACAAGAUGAAAGUUAAAAAUGUCGUUCUGCAAGAACGUUAAACACAGAAAUGGCUUCUGAAGUCAAAAAAGAAAGUGUGGAUUGUGUUGCUGGGAGUCAGGAGCGUGAGUCUGCCAGUGUCAUUGAACCCACACGCGAGCAUGACAACAAGGAGGGUGAACAGGAGACUGCUGUGGAAACUACAGAGUCUGGAACAACAGAAGCUCCAGCAGGAACUUCUGCAAGGGUGCAGAGUUGUAGCAGCCCUAUGGUGCAGGCAUCUGUUAAAGUAGAGCCUGACUUAAGUUCAGUAAAGCUGGAAGUUGAGGGACAACCAAGUGCUGUUGAGACAAAGGUGGCAUCGGAAAAUGUAGCUGAAGACAACAUCAGUCAGGCAAUAGCUGCUGUGGCACAUGGGGCCGGAAAACUAAGAUCUGAAGGUCCAGAAGAGAUGACUGGUCUUACUGAAGACUAUUCGCUUCAGGGAGACGCUACCAUGCACUCAGAAUUUUUGGGCAUCUCCAGUCGAAGAGGACCUGGGCGACCUCGAAAAGAUGGAGUGGCUUCACCAAUUCCAAAGAGGAAGAAGAACAGGCCUCCUCGUAGGAGUCGUCAACUUGCAUCAGAAGCCAUGGCUCAAGAAUCCAAGUCGUCUGAUGCAGAGAUGGAUGAAGAUGUGGAGUCUGACAUGUAUUAUUACCCAGCAGAGCAAGAAGAGUCCAGCAUGUCAGAUUCAGCUGCUGGUGCCUUGGAGGAACCAGAAUGCUGUGGUAGGAUCUGUGCUUUCUGUAAUUGUGGAGAGAAGAGCCUUUUAGGUCAGGGGGAACUGUCUCGAUAUGAUCCUACCCCGGGAUUUAACCCAUUCAAGAGGGCUCAACAGCAGCAGAAACUACGAAGAGUAGAGGCUGACAGCUCAGAUAGAAACUCCAAAAAUGCACCGUGUCGUCGAUCAAGAGCACCAGGAACAAGGGAGAGAAGCAAGUCACCACGUCGCCUUGCUACUCACACAUCAGAGGAGGAGGGACGAAUCAUUCAGAUUGUUAACGAACUGAGUAGAGUAGGCUAUCAGGAGGACACAGAUGUCAAUCAGCUUUUUGAACCAUCAGGUCAUACACUUGCCCACCACUGCUGUGCAGCCUGGUCUGAGGGAGUAGUUCAGAUAGAGGAUUUCACUCUACAAUGUGUGGACAGAGCCGUCUUUGCUGGUUAUCUUCAAAAAUGUAAUUAUUGUCAUCGCUAUGGUGCUACUAUAUCAUGUCGGAUUCCAAAGUGCAAUAAGAAAUAUCACUAUCCAUGUGCAUCAGGAGGAGGUUGUUUUCAGGAUAUCAAGACAAUGUCUUUGUUGUGUCCAGACCACACAGAACAAGCAGAAACCAUUGCUGGUCAAGAGGCUUAUUGUGUUGUGUGUGAGACACCGGGUAAUAUUAUAGAGCAGCUCUUCUGUACUAGCUGUGGUCAACAUUACCAUGGUAGCUGUCUUCAUCCCAAUGUAGAGGUCAAUCCAGUGGUUAGAGCUGGCUGGCAGUGCCCUGACUGUAAAAUCUGUCAAACUUGCAGGCAACCUGGUGAUGACAGCAAGAUGUUGGUGUGUGAUACCUGUGAUAAGGGAUAUCAUACCUUCUGUCUCAAGCCUGUUAUGACAACUAUUCCAAAGAAUGGCUGGAAGUGUAAGAACUGCCGUGUGUGUGGGGAUUGUGGAGCUCGAACCCCAGGGAAUGGUCCCAGCUCAAGGUGGCACCUCAACUACUCUGUGUGUGAUAGCUGUUACCAGCAGAGAAACAAAGGUCUUUCAUGUCCACUGUGCGGCAAGGCUUACAGACACUUUACACAGAAGGCCAUGGUCCAGUGCAACCUUUGUAGAAAAUAUGUUCAUGCUGACUGUGAUGAGAGUGUGGAUAGCAGCGUGUUGAAGAAAUUGAAGGAUAAUGAAGGUGCCGUGGAAUACAUGUGCCCCUCCUGCAAAAAACAUGGCUAUCCGGGUGAUGUAGGGAGUUUCAUACCUGUGGCAGAGGAUUCCUUUGAUGAGAUUAGCAAAGAUGGAGAGAGUUCAGUGAAGGAUGACAGUUACUUGUUAGAUGACCCUUUGCCAGAUUCUCAUGAAUCUCUUCUACUGAAUGAAGACUCCUUGUCCAGCAUGGACAUUGAUAUGGUGGCUAUUGAUAAGGAAUCUCAUCAGUUUUCUGAGGGUUUUCGGUUGGGCUCGCAUGCCUCCUUCCACAUGUCAGGUGUGAAGGGUGUGAAGGAGGCAUUUUUGGGCCCAGGAAAGGGAAAGCCAGGGGCUGUGGCCAGGAAGAGGAUGGGAGCAGGCAGGCCAAAGGGUCGUCACUUAGCUGCAGAAAAACGACGACAGAGGCCAUCAUUUGCUGAUAAGAGGAGGGGCCCAAAAGCUAAAGUCAAAUCUGGACAGAUGAGAGAAGCUUCAUCGAACAGUGAAUCGAAAGAUGACAAAGGGGAUGACCAUCCCUCCACUAUUGUGAUUGCCAGCUCUAAGGACAACUUCACUCUGGAUCAGGAUAUGUGUAAAAGUUGUGGAAGCUAUGGGAAUGGCGACGAGGGCCGACUAAUAGCCUGUACGCAGUGUGGCCAGUGUUACCACCCGUAUUGUGUCAGCAUUAAGGUAACCAAAGUGAUGUUACAGAAAGGCUGGCGUUGUUUAGACUGCACCGUGUGUGAGGGCUGUGGCAAACCCCAUGAUGAAGGGAGACUACUGUUAUGUGAUGAUUGUGACAUCAGCUAUCAUACCUACUGUCUCAAUCCCCCACUGGAUCAUGUGCCCAAAGGGACUUGGAAGUGUAAAUGGUGUGUGUGCUGUGUGAACUGUGCUGCUACCACCCCAGGGUUUGGCUGUCAGUGGCAGAACAACUACACUCAGUGUGGAGCCUGUCACAGUAAGACUACCUGUCCUGUAUGCAGGAAAGCUUACAAAGAAGAGGAGUUGAUCAUACAGUGUGUGCAGUGUGAUCGAUGGCUACAUGCUCUUUGUGAUGGACUGAAAAGUGAAGAAGAUGCGGAGAGAGCAGCUGACUUUGGUUAUCACUGUUACUUUUGCAGACCCAAAACUGGUCAUCCUGGGCCUUUACCACCACCGCCUCCUCCACCCCCUUUACCGCCACCAGAGGAGAAGAUUGAGAAGCCACCCACCCCACCCCCACCCCCAGUUCCUCCAUUACCGCCCCCAUAUGUACCCAAAGAGCCAGAAUCCCCCAAACAUUUCCUAAUGGAUGGAGUGUAUGUCUCUGCCUCGGGCAGGGAUCAGAUACAGAGUCAGAUGGUUGUCAUGGAGAAGAAAAAAUCACGUAAUCGAGCAAAGAAGGUGGAGCCAACAGUCAAGCAUCCUCACAUGGCCCGCCUUCUCUCUCUGAGUGACAAGUCUCUGGAUGGGGAUGACCAAGAUGACAAAACAGGUGUUGUGACGGCCAUGGAUACUGGGGAGAUCCCUGACGUAACUGGCACAGAGAAGACCCUGAAGUGUGAGGGUGUGCCAAGUGGACUCUCAGAGGAUAGCAUGUCAAAACCUGAUGGCAUCACACCUGAUAUUGAUAGUACUGUAGGCGUCAUUGGUGGAUCUCCACCUGUGGAUGGCACACCUGUUAAACAAGAGGAGAGUGGUGAAGGCGUAAAGAAAAAAAGAACUAGGAAGCCCCUGAAAGUUGGUGUUGGUGGAUUUAUUGUGCGGCAUCGCAAGUCCUUCAAGCGCCAGACUUCUGAGCAAGCUGAAGAAUCUUUUGAAGGGGAUGUUGGAGCCAGUGGAAAUGCUAAGACUGAAGGUGAUAGACCAACUACAGGGGACGCUGUUACAGCAGAGGCCUCCAAAGAUAAACCAAAGAAAAAGCGACGGGGAAAGAAAAAGCUGCCUUUGGAAGAAAAUUACCCCAUGUACUUGCAGGAGGCAUUCUUUGGGAAGUCUUUACUGGAUGUAAGUAAAGAGAACACAGCAGGCCCCACGAUGGAGAUAGAGAAGGAUCUGUCAAGAAGCCCCUCUCCACAACCCAUGACCAUUGAGGUGAAGAAUGACAGCGAGAUCAGUCUUAACAAGGAGCUCACGCCCCAGACUAAGGAGGCACCUCCUGCCCCUCCACCACCCCCACCUCCUGCUCCACCUGCAGUCAGUCAGAGUACAUCCAGUGCAGCUGAGCAUAACCAGUCAGGAGAACAGUCAGAGGACAGUCACCCAAUUGAUGUAGGAGACCUUAAAGAUAUCCUGCCAAGUGAUCUUCUCCCUCAUGAUGCCGAUUUCUUUGACAUUCUGGAACUGGCCAAGGAAUCAGGGAUACCAAUGGAAGAGGACCAGGGAGAAGGAGACCAAGGCCUGAAGUCCUCUGAAACCAAGGACAACAUAGAUAACCUGGCUCGCAUAUUAAGCCCAAGCCUGGAUGUCGUGAAGAACAUAGACGUGGAUAACAUGCUGUCCACAGGUGGCUUACCGCAUAUAGACAGUAAGACUGUGGAAGACUUGAUCAAAGGAGUUCUGGACCCUGACACUACAUCAGAACAUCAUCAACCAGCAGGAGAUGGUUCUUUCAAUGUUCCAAUGUCUGGACCAAGUGGUAUGCCUGGGCAUGGUGGUCACAUGCCUCCAAGAGUACCAGGGGCACCACAGGGGCCACCACCACCCCCUCAACCCCCUCAUCACCCAGGUAUGGGACUUGUGCCUCCUGGCCACCCAGGACAACUUCAGGGCCCCAGACCUCCAGCUGAUAUGUCAGGAAAUCAGGCUCUGCCAAUGCCACCAGCACCACCAUAUAACCAAGACUAUAGCCACCAGUUCAGCCCAAACUUUGCUGGACCUCAGCCAUCAGUAUGGCCUCCCAUGCUGUCUGAGUUUGAGGAUGGCCAGGAUGGUGGGAGUAGGAGGAGUGUCCUCAAGUGGGAAAAGGAUGAGCUAUUAGGAGAGUGGGCCACAGUCUCUCCUGUUCUGUUUGCCAACCAGGUUCACCCAGAACUCAAGGUGGAAUUUCCAGACUGGCCUGAAAGGGCCAAACAGAUUGCUAAGCUGUGGCGUAAGCUGAGCCCUCAGCAGAAAGCCCCGUACCUGGCAAAAGCAAGAAAGAAUCGAACCAGCAACAGAAUAACUAAGGCACAAAAACAGAUCACUCAAGACCUGAAGAUGAGACAGGAUGGUAUUGUAGCCUCUGAUCAGAUGCCUCCCCCACCUCCUCCACCCAGGUUCCCAGAUAUCGGCUCCUUCACACAGCCUGCCUCACAGCUUCACAGUCCCAUGGAACAGGACCACGGUCAACACUUCAUGGGCUCCCAAAUGUCCCCACUGGCCUCUCCUCAACACCCUGGCUCUGGAGGAGAUGUUAUGCGUGGCCCUGGUCCAUCCGCUUCAGCCUCAGGUAUGCUUUCCCCUAGGCAAGGAAUGGGCAUUGAUAGUCAAGGUGUACCCUCCAGGCCUGGGCUGAUGAGACAAGGGUCCCAAGGUUCAAUACAAAUAAGUCCAGGUGGUUUGGCUACUCGCCUGGCCCCUCAUCCUCUUCAUAUCAGCCCCCAGACAGGCUCUCAGCCUAUGGAGGACGACCCCUAUGCCUUCUCACCUGAAAGGUCUGAUAGUGGUCAGUUCCAGAGGUUACCCAGUCAUCCCCACUCUAUGGCCUCCCCAGUCCCCCGCCCUGCCUCUGAUCCAUUCAUUCAGUCCCCCUCUCAGCAGCCCAUGCAGGACAUGUUCUCACAGGCCCCAGGCACUCCUCAGCCAACGGCUUCUUCCACAGAUCCUUUUAGCCCGGGUAACAGAGUUCUGCCACCACCACAGUCCCCACUGGCGCGGCAGCCCAGUUCACAAGGUUAUGACCCGUAUGCUUUACCUCCAGGUACACCAAGGCCAGGGGAGUCAGGUCGGCCUACCCCGCCUCAGGAUCCCUUCAGUCGGCCACAGGUCACCUCCAAACAUCAUCAAGUGUUCUCUGGCCAUAGACCAGGAUUACCGCAGACAUCUACUGGAUCUUCUUCCAUCGCUAUGUCCCUACAGCAACCUCCACUGAGACAUGACGACCCGUAUGGCCAGCCACCUGGCACUCCCAGGCCUGGGGUAGAACAACCUUUAAUGUCGCCAGGCGGUCGUAUUAUCCGACCUCCACCUCCUCAAGACCCAUACUCGCAUCCACCUGGGACCCCCAGACCCCCCGUAGACCCAUAUGCUCAACCACCAGGAACACCCAGACCGCCUCAUGAUCCAUAUGCUCAUCCUCCGGGUACAUCAAGACCCCAGCAGCAGGACCCAUAUUCCCAUCCUCCAGGGACACCACGGCCACCACCACAGGACCCCUAUGCCCAUCCUCCAGGCACACCCAGGCCUCCAUCUCAAGACCCAUAUGCUCAUCCACCAGGAACCCCAAGGCCACCACCAGACUUCCUGAAGCACCAAAUGAGGCCAAACUUCCCUCAGCCAGGUCCCAGAGCACCAGGUCAUUUUCAUCACCCUGUGUCGUCAGGCCCUGGCAUUCGAUCCCCUCACGAGGUGUAUGGACAGCCCCCUACCUCAUCCCCGCAACACCCAGGUGGUGAUCCAUUUCUUAGGCCAGCAAGACCGAUGGGACCUCUGGACCCCUAUGCUCACCCACCACGCACCCCUGUUCCUGCAUCUGUAGCUGAACCAUACAGUAGCCAGCCUGGGACCCCAAGGCCUGGUGUCCUUGACAGAGGAAUGGAGUACAUGGUGGGUGGACGAGAUGAGCGACAACAAAAUCCAGCUAUGCUGCCUCAGUACCUCCACUAUGCCCGGAGACGGCAAACACUCUUUGCGCCGCAUGGAAUGUGGCCUUGCUCUAGUAGAUUCUCUCAUCACCACAUGUUGGGCACGGAAUUAGACCCUAACAAAAGGCAUCUGAGGGACAUGUUGAUUCAACAUACCAAGAACAGGCAGAUGAAGCGUAUUCAGGAAGAGAGCGAGAAGAUGUUACAGGAUGGUCAAGUCCCUCUCCAUCACUGGCCACCAGAGGGAGCCAGCUCUUCCCCAAUACAACAAGGUAUGCACCCACCAGUGUUUGAUGAGAAGGAUGGUCGGCAGCAGACUUCCCCCAGUCAGUUUCGUCCUCGCGGCCCAGGGGCAGAUAGAUGGCAAGGGGGUGUGGUCAGACCUCCUCACCCAGGGCAGUUCCCUCCAGGUUAUGGACCCCGCGGGCCAUACCCAGACUCUGCAAUGAGAGGCCCAGGACAGGUGCGGCCUAUUCGUCCACCUGGCCCAGGUCAGAUGAUGUUUACUGGUCAAGGUGCCGGUUCUCCUGGGGGAAGAAUGCCUCCACUAAGUCCCAUGAGCCAGUCCUCCCCAGGGCCUAGGCCGGGCCACCAAGGACCCUUCAUAGAAUUGACACAUCAGCAGGACAUGAACCAAGCGCAAAGACAGAGAGAGCAGUACAUGAAGAUGCUGGAUAGCCGUAUGCCUGGUGCACAGCCAGGGCAGCCCCAAGCUUCCCCUCAACCCCCACAGAUGGACCCCCAGUCACCCAUGGGUGGCCCUAGGUCCAUGGAACCGUACAGUAACCUGAUCAGACAGAUGCAGGCUCAGUCCCAAGGCUCUCCCCAAGCCUCGGAGCUGCCCAUACCACCAUCAGGGGCUCAAAUGCUGGGCAGGAUGGCCAUGCCUCCUCCCCAGAGAAUGCCUCAGGGUAACACAGCUUACCCAGAUCCCAGCUCUUCCCAGGCCCAAUCCCAGGACACUGCACCUAUGAUGGCUGGUCAUGGACAGGGUCUACCUCCUUCACAGAGCCCUAAGCGCUCCCUCUCGGAGGAUGAUAAAGAUGACAAAGAUGAAAGCAUCAACGAUCUUCUCAAACCUGAUGGGACCUUUGACAUUCUGGCCCUGGCUGAUGGUGAACUUGAGAAUCUCUCUGGGGAUCUAGAUCUUGAUGAUUCUGUAGAUGAUCCCCACCCCGCAGAGGAUGAGGAGCCCACAGCGCCUACACCCGUCUCAGAGACAGCAGAGUCAGCACCCAGCACGGAUACUAAACCAGGGGAGUCCACAGAAACCAGCCACACUUCUAAAGAUUCCCCCACUGACAAACCAACACCUGUCAUUGACUUCCAGGCCAAAUUCCUGGAGUUUAGUUUAAAGAAGAAACUUGAAAGAGAAACGGAAGAAGGCAAAGACUAUACAGAAGAGGAUCGUAAAAGUGAGACUGAUCCAUCCAAGCAGGCUGAGAGAACGAAACAGCCAGAGGAAGGAACAGAACAAGGGAAAGAGGAAAGGAAAGUGAAAGUGGAAGGGGCAGGAGGUGAGAAUGUGAACAGAACAACAGGGCAGUAUGGUGCGGAGACAGCUCAGAAGCCUUCUGAUGCUCUUCCUGCUCUUCAUCAACAGCUGAAUGCUGGCAGGAUGGCCAAUCCUUCCCAGUCACCAAGAGAUAUAGCCAGCCGAAGUGGUCAGCCCUCUCCCAGAACCCCUGGGGUGCAAUCCCCAUAUACACAAGCUGCUUCCAUCAGCUCUCCUCACAGUCAGCCAGGCACACCUGUGGCACUCCAGCAUUCCCCUUUUGGAGCUGUACCUCAGUCUCCUUUCAGUCCCUCCAUUGGUGGACCAGCGACUGGUGGACUUGUUCAGUCCCCGUAUCACCAGAGUCCACCUACACCUGGGGCUCAGUCACCAUACAGUCAACCAGCCUCUCAGUCUCCUUACCACUCUCAGACGUCACAACCAGGCCAGCCUUCCCCUAGAAUGCCUGUGCCCAGCCCUACUGCCUCCAGCUCUGCUCCACCAUCACCUCUGCCCUCUCCUGGUAUACGCUUCUCUAAAGCCCCGACCACACCCACUAACCAGUAUGUACAGGGAACAUACACCCAGCCAGGUACCCACAUGCCCACCAGGGGCACACUUACCCCAACACCCAGUAGUAUUGUGUAUGGACAAUCGGCAGCCUCGCAGCAUAAUUUCAGAGGACAAUUCCCGAGAGGCACGUAUCCUGGACCACCACAGGCUCAAGGUUUGCCCCAGUCGAUGGACAUGCCCAGUUCUAGCACGGGCUAUCAAAUGCCUCCUGGUCCCCCGAGUUCAGUAGGCCCAUCUGGUCCUGUUGGUCCACUGCAGAUCCGCCCUAUCGGGCCAGAUGGUGCAGGCUUUCCUCCAAGAGCCCCUGGUCCCCCCGUAUCUAUGGGAGGUCACCCACAAGCCCCGGUAUCAAAGGAGGUGAUGCCUGGUCACAGAAUGAUGCCUCCCCCCAGUCCUAGAGCCCCUUACCCUGGAGUCAGACAACCAAUAAACCCGAUAGUGGCCCCAGGAGCAGGGCCUGCAAGCAGGCCUGGUCUACCCACACAUUUUCCAGUGCCAACUCCAGGCCAGGCUGUGCGGCAUCACAGCCCUUUGCCCACAGGAAUUGGGGCUAAUCCUCCUGGACCCCCAAGGAUGGCUUCACCAGGACAGCGUCGCCCACAGCUACUGGAAGAACAACCGUUACUGAUACAAGACCUUCUGGAAAAGGAAAAGGAGGAACUGAAGAGACAUGCUGCUCAGAAGGCGAUGCUCCAUAGACAGGAUGGAGGUGUGGAUCCUACCAUGGCACGACGUUCAGGUGUUCCUCCGCAGUAUCCAGGACCUGGCAGUUUCCCUCCAGGAACCCAGCAACCACCCAGACUUCAACAUCCUCCGACAUCUGAUCCCAAUUGGACCCAUGUCCCUGAGGGUGGCCUUCAGCAAAGUUAUCCACUAGGAGCCCCUCCUGGUUACACUGGCCGGCCACCAGCUCAGAUGGCCCAGCAGCUGAGCCCAAGAACGCCCUCACCGUUCCCUCCACCCAGUCCAGGCUUCUCUCCAGGGCAGUCUCCAACUCUACAGUCUCCAACCAUGCCACCACCACCUCCACCACCGCCCACUCAGGGAUCGGACUUGGCUGAUAUGCAGUAUGAAGACUGGCUGAACAAACAUGCCCAAUAUCUGGCCAUGCAGAUCAAGUGUUUGGAGCAGCAAAUUGCUAAGUUCAAGAAAACCAAGAAAGCUAUCAAUGCCAGGAAUAGACAGGCUAAGAAAAAUGGGCAGGAAAUGCCUAUAGCUGAUGCCCAGGAACUGGAGCGAGUGACUCAGGAGCAGUCCGUUCUCCAGAAACAGCUAGAUGGUUAUCGUAAGCAGCACAGGCAGCACCAGCACCACAUUGAGGAGUACAGGAAAAAACAGAAGGAAUUGUAUGGUCUCCAGUGGCCUCAAGGUGGUCCUCAGGGAAGUGGUCAGCCAAUGUUGCCAGGUGUACAGAAAGACCUGCCCGGCCAACAGCUUUCUCCCAUGGGUAUGUCCCCACUUCACUCCCCUGGAGGUACACCUGACAGGUCUGGGGUACCCCCAUCAAACCCUGCCCCCAAAAUGCCAGGGCAGCAUGGAGCAGUGAGGAUCAGCCCCUCCCAGAGACAGGAGUAUGAAGCCUAUGUUCAGAGACGUCUUCAGAUCAUGAAUCAACAGCCCAAACCAGCAGCCACCAGUGUAGUGCCAGGGAAGGCAACUUUCAGAAAGGAAGAAUGGUUUUCCCCGCAGGACAAUAAUCCAUUCAGUGAGGAUUAUCAGCAGAGAGAACAGCUUGAAAAGCUCCGACUCCAGCAAGAAAUGCAGCGUCAGCAGCUCCAGAAACAGAUAGACCAGCAGAGAGCCAUACAACAACAAGAAAUGAAGGAGGUUGCACCACACAUGCCAUUUUUUGGAGAGGGCCAUCUCCCUUUUGAGCAGCGACCUCGCUUUCCACCGAGUGGUGUUACCCCAGGUAUGGGACCUAGGUUUUCUGGGCCCCGAUUUUCAGGGGCUGGACCACAAAGAAUGCCAGGUUCAAGAUUCCCAUUUGACCCGGCUCAGAAGUUUCCCAAUAUGGCAGGUGGUGAUCCCCGCUUCCCAGAGCAUGCCCGGGGUCACUUUGCCUCAUUGGGAGAGCUGGGCAACCCCCCUGCUGAUCAGAUGGGCUCACAGUUCGGCCCUCGCCCACCUCUAACCUCUGGCUUUGAAAUCUCCCCACAUUUCCCGCCUUUACUACCCGGUGAGAUGGCUGCCGACGAGAGCCCCCCAUCUCAGCCACCCAAGAAAAAGAAAAAGCGGAAAAAGAAGAACCAGGCCCAGAAUGCUUCUGAACCAUGCCCUCCCUUACCUACUGCUAGCUCUGCCCUGUCUGGCGACUCUCUCACCCUGUCAACUGCCACCGGCACCACCCCCAGUGACCCUUCUCCCCAUCUAGGAGGGACAAGUUCUGCUCCAGCUCCAAGAGGUAUAGAGAGUAUACCAGUUCAGUCUGAGACAGAUCGGAGGAUUGUGGAGAUUCUGAGCAAUGUGGCUAAACAUAAAGAACAGUCUCAGAACAAGUCUGCUGAUGGGAAGACAGGAGGGAGUGGAGGUCACGCUCAGUCUGCCCAGACUCAGAGUACUGACCCCGCCCAGUCAGCCCUACACCCAACCACCUCUGCCACACCCCACAGCAGUGAUCAGUCAUUCCACAGCAACCAGCCUGUGUUAUCUACCUCACAGAUUAAGGUGGAGCAGGGUAUGGAGCAAGGACAGACCGUGUCUACUCACAUCAGCCAGCUGCUGUCUGGGGGACCUCAAGCUCAUCCUGGUGGUCAGCCAGACCCUAAUCAGAGGUAUGCGCUGCACCUUCCCCCAGCGGAACAAGUUCAUCCCCCUACAUCAGAGAUGAGUGUCACACCUGGCCUACAGCUUCCUGGUCCGGGAAUUCUAACCCAGACUUCAACCAGGCCACCUCAUCCAGGACUGAUGACAGGUAUGGCAGGACACAUGGCUGGUGGCCACCCCAGGCCUGCUCACCCUGGGGCCCCACAGAAUUGCCUGCCUCACCCUUACAUGACCAGUGGCCCUCCACCUCCUUACAGCAGUGUGGGUCUUCCUGUACCCUCUAGCAUGCAUGGUGGUGGCCCCCAGACCUCUGGCAGUGCAGGUGUGGUGCCCACAUGUAGUAUGAACACUACACCUAGCUCAGCAAUGUCUGCUCCACUCAUGUCCACCAGUUCUGAGGGAGUGGACCCUCGCCAGGUACGUUAUGAAAUCAAGUCAGACAUACCUGUGCCGACCUCAUUAGCACAGGCUAGGCAAGGUAUUGGACAUCUGCCUCAAGAUUUCAACAACCUACAAGGCCAUCCGGGAGCAUCUACCCCACAACAAGGUUCCUCACAAGUGCCGCUUGGACUGUCUCAGAUUGAUAGACCAAUGGAUAGACAGCAGAUUGUGGAACAGCUGAAGCUCGAGCUGAUCAAGUCCCCAGGUAAAAAGGCAGAGAUGUCUGAUGCAGAGCGGGCUAGGCAGAAUGUGUUACUUAAGCAGCUGCUUGCAACACAGCCUGGGAGACGUAGGCCUAGUGAGACAUUCUUGCAGGACCUGGAUGAGACAGUCCAGCUGACCCCAGAACAACAGCGUCAGCUGGAGAUGAUUGACCGGAUGCCACUGUGCACGGAAAAAGAGUUGCCCUGUGAGGAUGAACCAGAUGGAGUUAUUCCCCAGGAGGAUAAAGAAAAGCUGAUGGAAAUGAGAAAACUAGAAUUUGAACAAAGAAGGAGAGAGUUUGAGGACUUAAGAAAGACAAAGAAAACCUCUAAAGAUGGAGUAAAGCUGAAGCGGAAAAAGAAGAAAGACAAAGAUGGUGUGGGGAAGGAUGGACAGCCUAAGAAACGAAAGAAAAACAAGAACAACAUGAGUCCAGAGGACAUGGAAAUCUUUGCCACAAAGCUGAUGGAACAGCUAAAAGCUAUGCCUAGUGUGCCACUCCAGGAACCCAAUGUUGGCAUCAAUUUUGGGGUGUGCCCCAUAGUUGGCAGCGGGGUACUAGGAGAACAAGUGGAGACACGUGUGCGCGGCGUGUUUGGUAGAGCCUACAUAGAUGGUAUGGUGGACCAUUAUGGGGGAUUGGGCAACCUACAGACCUUGUCUCGGUGUCUACCCAUGGAAAUGUACAAAGUGAACCCAAUGGAUAUUGCAGCACGCAGGAAAUUUCUCAGUGAUGGGGAGCAGGAGAAAUCUACAGGUCCCGAGUCCGAGCAGCAGCGCUACUGCCUCCUCUAUCAUCCCAUAAUUCCACUGAAAAUAGGUGUCGGCCCUGGAGCCUUCUCUGGAGUCAGCAUGCCUCAGUCCAAAGCAUUGGCAGGAAGACCAAUGGUACCUGUGGACCCCCGCCCCACAGUGAAGAUUCCCAACCUCCCCUCAGGACCUCUGAUUGAACCCAGACUGGGAUCUAGAAAUGCAGACUCACCUGAUACAAUCAUUUCCUCCUCCUCACCUGAACUGACAUUUGAUGAGCGUCAACCUGACCUGCCAGGGCUGACCUACAUUGACCCUGACCGCUCUGACAGUCGCUCCUCCUCUCCAGCAUUUCCUUUGGUUCAUCCUGUGCCCAUCAAAGCUGAACCAGCUAGCUUUAAGGAGGACACAGAAUUCAAGAAAAAGCUGGACUUUGAUCCAAAGCGGGAGAUCAAGCAUGGCUUUGAGCUUGUGAGUAAGAUGAAGCCAUCUGUUGAGAGAGACCUGAAGACUAAGGAUAACCUGGCAUUUGCUAUGGGCUUGGAUGCAGAGGAGCUCUCAACCAAGAUCCCUGGAUUGGCUAUGGGUUUGAAGGACCCAAUGAUGGAGCAGCAGGUGUCUGUCACCCUCACCCUGUCUGCCUCAGCCACUGAGGAUAUCGUCGGUGUCCUCUCCUCCAUCGCUGACCUGCUGAAAAUCGCUGUACCUCCCUCCUAUGAGAUCAGUCGCAGCCCUUCCCCGGAGCUCUUCAAGCUUAACAUGAAACAUAAAGAAGAAGCAGUGCAUGUGCAGUCAUUGAUAAAGUCAAAGCCGAAAUUCUGUAGGCACUGUGAUGUGACAGUUAUAAACCCUGGGGUUAGGAAGAAGAAAUCAGAAAUGUUGUUCCUUACCAAAGAAGAACAGGACUCAGAAGAUGAAGAGAUCACGUUUUGUAGCAUGAACUGCUACAGGCAGUUUGCUAUAACCCACAAGACCCACCCACCUGCUGAGGUGAAGGAAGCCUGUGACCUUGUGGAACACAAGAGUGUCGUGGCUGAACCUACCAGCUCUCCGAAGACCAUUCAGCCUGUACCUGUGUCAGCUUCUACCCCAACACCAACACCUGCUCAAUCCCCAAAACUGAGCUCCCCUACAGCAGCUAGAGCUCCCCUGCCUGGGACAGUGUCUAGCCAAUUAACAGUGACCUCUAUCCCAGCUCUUGUGGCUUCAGUGCCACCAGCGAGCACCACUGCGUCCAGCUGUCUCACUGCUCUCACCAUAUCGACCUCCAAUACUUCCACACCGUCAGCCACACCGAAGUCUUCCCCCUCCCUUGGCUCCCCAGCCUUGUUUCCUAGUCCUAAGAGGAAUGAGGAUCGAGCCAAACAUCGCCGCCGCAGUAACAGCACUAAUCUGGAGACACAGCCACAAAAGCCACUGGUGAAGAAGUGGAAGGAUGUGAGAUGGAAGAAAGUAGAGCUGAACAUACUUGUUCAACCUGUGAAGAGGAGCUCAGCCCCCACAGACAAGAACAUACGGAUGCUAAUGACCAACAUGAAGAUCAUCCUGACUGCUGAGCCACUGACUGAAGACACAAGAAAGUGUACGUUCUGUCACCAGACAGGGGACGGGUCCUCUGAUGGACCAGGAAGGUUGCUGAAUAUGGACAUAGAUAGAUGGUGUCAUCUUAACUGUGCCCUCUGGUCUUAUGAUGUCUAUGAAACCUUGAAUGGAGCCUUGAUCAAUGUGGACCAGGCAUUGAAGCGCAGUCUGGGCGUCAAUUGUUCUUCCUGCCAUAAAGUGGGAGCCACUUUGGGGUGUUUCAAGGUCCGCUGUGCUAACAUCUACCAUGUGGCCUGUGCUAUCAAUGAAGGCUGUAUGUUUUUCCAGGAUAAGACCAUUCUCUGCUCCAUGCAUGCCCCUAAAGGCCACCCAGAUACAGAGCUAGACUCGCUGAUUGUGUACCGGCGGGUGUAUGUCAACAGAGACGAGGACAAGCAGGUGGCAAGCAUGGUUCACCAGGAAGAGAACAGAUUCUGUUUGCGUAUUGGCUCUUUGAUUCUUCACAACAUAGGCCAGUUAUUGCCUCAUCAGAUACAGACUGGGCGUUUCCACACACGAGAAUACAUCUAUCCUGUUGGUUUCAAGGUGACUCGGUUUUACUGGAGCAUGAAGCGUGUUCACAAGCGAUGUAGGUACAUGUGCAGCAUACGGGAUAAUGAAGGCUACCCGGAGUUCGUCAUCCAGGUGUCUGAGAAAGGCUACGAAGAUGUUGUCAUCAAAGAGCCUUCUGCUAAAAGUGCUUGGUUGCGAGUUUUGGAACCAGUGGAAAAACUGAGAAAACAGCUGGACUUGGUCAAAAUGUUUCCCUCUUUUCUCACUGGGGAGGAGUUAUUUGGACUGGCUGAACCAGCCAUCCUCCGAGUGGUAGAAUCGUUACCAGGGACAGACUUGCUGCAGAAUUACAUAUUCAAGUUUGGAAGGUCACCAUUGAUUGAAAUGCCCCUGGCAAUCAACCCUACAGGAUGUGCCCGAACAGAGCCCAAGCUGCGCACACAUUUUAAAAGGCCUCACACUCUUCAGUCGAGCACAUCACGAUCUUUACCCGCAACAGUGACAGGUGUGACUGGGGACAUCAACUCCCCUUACAUGAAGGCAGUUUGUGCACUCCAAGUCACAGCAGUACCCGCCGACUUAAGUCAGAGUGGAAGAACAAUGUCUACCUGGGCAGAUCCAGAAUUCAGGGACUAGGUUUGUUUUCUGCAAGGGAUUUGGAGAAGCACACCAUGGUGAUUGAGUACAUUGGAGAUUUGAUUCGUGAUGAAGUUGCCAACAGACGAGAGGAGAUCUACGAGUCACAGAACCGAGGUGUGUACAUGUUC